UGUAAGCUGGAUGAGAGGAAGCGAUGUUCUUAAUAGGUUUUAAACGAACAAAAACGAAGUCUGUCUUUAUUAGCUGACUUUAAAAAAACAGUUUGUCAUGGAUUAAUGUUUUUUUUCCAAUGGAUUGUAAUUUUUCUUCUUUGAUUACCUUACUGGGAAAUAAUCUUAGCUGAUCCGUUAUGACAAAGACAAUAGGAUACGGAGACUGGAGAUGGCGAGCAGUCUGGUGGAAUUAUUUCUUUCUCCUGUGGAGUACAAUAGAAGGACAGACUCGUUACAGUAUCCCAGAGGAACUUAAACAGGGAUCUGUGGUUGGAAAUCUUGCCAAAGACCUGGGUUUGUCUUUAUCUGAGAUUUAUGACCGUAAACUGCGUGUCGCCUCUGAGGCUGGUGAGCAGUAUUUCAGCGUGGAUGCGGGGAAGGGUGAGCUGGUGGUGAACGACCGAAUAGACAGGGAAGCUUUAUGUGGACAGAGCUCAAGCUGUGUGUUGACUCUGCAAGUGGUGAUUGAUAAACCGCUUCAGUUAUACCGAGUAGAAGUGGAAAUACAAGAUAUUAAUGACAAUUCUCCUACAUUUGCUUCACCAGAGAAAACUUUACAAAUAGCUGAGUCCACAGCGGCGGGGAUUCGUUUUCCUUUGGAAACAGCGCAAGAUCAGGAUGUUGGAAUGAAUUCAGUAAACUCAUAUACUUUGAGUAAAGACGACUUUUUUAGUUUGAAGAUUAAAGAUUUGUCCGGAGGGAGAAAAGUCCCAGAAUUAGUCCUAUCUAAAUCCCUCGACAGAGAAAAAAACCCUACACAUCAGCUUACCCUCACAGCUGUAGACGGAGGAAACCCAGCAAAAUCUGGGACUUCCCAAAUAACUAUAAACGUGUUGGAUAUUAAUGAUAAUAUUCCUAUAUUUGAGAAAAAUAUUUACAAAACUUCCAUAAGCGAAAAUAGUGUUGAAAGUACACCUAUCCUUACACUGACAGCAAAAGAUGCUGAUGAAGGUCUUAAUGGAGAAGUAGAGUAUUCAUUUGGCUCGCAAACCCCAGAUAUGAUCCGAUCUGUGUUUGAUAUUGACUCAUUUACCGGAGAAAUGCGUCUUAUUAGAAAUUUAGAUUUCGAAAUAAAUGCUAAUUAUGAAAUAGAUAUUUCAGCAACAGACAAGGGAACACCAAGAAUGGAGGGACAUUGCAUUGUUCAUGUUGAAGUGUUAGAUGUUAACGAUAAUCCUCCUAAUAUACUUCUGACCUCACAACCAAGCUCAAUACCUGAGAACGCACCAAGUGGAACUGUAGUAGCUUUAAUAAGUGCCCGAGACACGGAUUCUGGUGAUAAUGGUAAAGUGACAUUGCAGCUUCCAAAAGGUUCACCAUUUAAACUAAAACCCUCAUUUUCUGAUAAUUACGCACUGGUAACCGAUGGAGCUCUAGACCGAGAAAAGUUCUCUAACUAUAAUGUUGAAAUAACAGCCACUGAUUUAGGUUCUCCGUCUCUGUCGUCUAAAAAGACCAUUAAUGUAACAGUUACUGAUGUAAAUGACAAUCCACCUAAAUUUACUCAGCCCACUUAUACAGUGUAUUUGAAAGAGAAUGGAGUCCCAGGUUCUAUACUGUACUCAGUAUCAGCAUCUGACUUGGAUUCUGGUGAAAACGCAAAGAUCUCUUACUCUAUACUGGAUUCUAAAGUUCAGGACGUUUCUGUCUCAUCUUAUGUUUACAUUAACUCGGAUAACGGCAGCAUCUACAGCAUGCACUCGUUUGACUAUGAGAAACUGAAGGUGUUUCAGAUCCAGGUUCAGGCAAAGGACCAGGGCUCUCCGUCUCUCAGCAGCAACACCACCGUCCAUGUUUUUAUCCUGGACCAGAACGACAAUGCUCCCGCUGUUAUUUACCCCUCCUCCGCUGCCCUGGGCUCCCUCUCUCAUCAGAGGAUGCCCCGCUCCGCUAAAGCGGGUCACCUGGUUACUAAGGUGACAGCAGUGGACGCUGACUCGGGCCACAACGCCUGGAUCUCCUACAGACUGGCGGAGGCCACAGACGCCUCUCUGUUCGCUGUCAAUCUGUACACAGGGGAGGUGAGGACUAAACGCGCUGUGUCCGAGCAGGACGACUCCUCUCAGAGGCUGAUUAUAGAGAUCAAGGACGACGGGGAACCGGUCCAAUCCUCCACCGUCACAGUGUCCAUCCUGCUGGAGGACGGUCUCCAUGAACCCAUCUUAGAUCUCCGACACAAAGUGUCCGAGCCCAGCAAGAAAACUGGGAGAAUCACCCUUUAUUUGAUUCUCUCUCUGGCCUCGGUGUCCGUGCUGUCUCUGGUGACUUUUCUCAUCUUAGCGGUGAAAUGCAUCAGGAACAGCAGAAGCAGCUGCUGCGUGAGACGGAGCGACUGUGAUGAUUACAAGAACCCCAACAGAAACCUGCAGAUUCAGCUCAACACUGAUGGACCUAUAAAGUACGUGGAGGUCCUGGGAGGAGACAUGUUGUCUCAGAGUCAGUCCUUCAGGUCCUGCAUGUCUCCGAUGUCAGAGUACAGUGAUUUGACUUUGAUUAAACCCAGCAGCACCACAGACUUUAAAGAGGUGAUCAGUGUUCUGGAUGCUUCUUUACCCGACAGUACCUGGACCUUUGAGAGCCAACAGGUGAGCACUUAACUGUGGAUUUGCAUAUAAUGUUGCAGUCACUGUUGGUUUGAUCUUCUUCCUUGAAACUAAAAGAAUGAAAAAAUAAUCGUUUAAUUUAAUAUGAAGUACAAAAUAAUUGUAUCCCUAAACACGUUU